CCAGACCACUCCCAAGUGGGUACUCAAAGGUUUUCAAACCAAAAAAAUAAAUAAAUGAAAAGGAUUUGGUUUUGCUAAAAGAAAAUGAAGAUCCACCCAAAUAAUAUACUUUUUCCUAUAAUUUUCUUAAUAGCUUACUUGCUAUUAUGUCAGAAUACAGAUGCGGCAGAGAGUAAGAUAACCGGAUUGCCUUCCCAGAGAUCACGAAGACAAGCUGGGGGACCUAUUCCCAUUGAUUGUCACCUGAGCACAUGGUCGCAAUGGACAAAAUGCUUCCCUUGCCAAGAAAAACGAUUCAGAUCAAGGCAGCUGGUACAACCAGCUAAAUAUAAAGGGAGAAUGUGCAAUGGUAAUCUUUGGGACAGAGAAACAUGUGAUCCGACAGAACCAUGUGUGGUGGAUCAAAGCUGUGGAAAUGACUUUCAGUGUCAGGAGACAGGACGUUGCAUUAAACGUCACCUAGUCUGCAAUGGAGAAUUAGACUGCAGGGAUGGAUCCGAUGAGGAUGGUUGUGAUGAUGCUGAAAGUACAUGUGACUAUCCAGAUCCAGUCCCAGGAAUUGAACUAGUUUCAAGAGGAUUCAACAUCCUUACACAAAAGCCAGCACUGUUAGUCUAUGACCCUAAAUAUUUUGGAGGCCGGUGUGAAACUGUUUAUAAUGGAGAAUGGCGAGAGCUGAAGUAUGACUCGACAUGUGAACAUUUGUAUUAUGGGGAGGAUGAGAAAUAUUUCCGAAAGUCCUACAAUGUUCAUUUCUACCAAUUUCUAAAGUUAAAAAGGAUUAUGUAAAUAGCUGUUUUGGGGCAUCGAUUGGCUUAAGCUUUCCAUUUCAAGAAACUCUGGAAAUAGAUGCCAAGGUGAACUUCAAUCAAUGUGGCACAAAAGGAGGCAUGAGCGAAGAUGGCUCUGAAAAUAAGUCAGCCAUAGAAGAUAUUAUUCCCCGGGUAGAAGGUGGAGAUGCCUCAUCCAUUGCCAGAAUCCUGGAAAAUAGGAGCUCCAUAGCAUACCGCUACUGGGGGAGGUCAUUAAAACUUAAUCCCACCAUUAUUGAUUUUGAGGUAAGCCUUUGCUUUCACGUGUAGGAAUGCUGCAUUUGU